AUACAAAUAUAUAAUAAGCCUAUCUAUAUAUACAAAUCACAACCCCACCUUUAACUGCCUAUCAGACCAGUUGCCACCCUCAAACUUUUCUUCUUAACUCACCAACAUCAACACAUACAACUUCUUCUUCUUCUGGAAUUGAGUGUCCACAAACACAAAUCAUGGAGACUGGUAUCACAUGCUUUGCACGUGCAGCUCUCCUCCCAAAUGUCACCUCUCAACAUUCAUCUUCACUAGCUACUCCAGGCUGGUCCAUUUCUCCAUCUUUCAGCACCAAGAGUUUAAAGAGUUCGUUAUUCGGGGAAUCAUUGCGCGUUUUGCCCAAAUCUUCACUAAAUGUUGUGAAGACAAGGAAACACUCUUCUUCCCCAGUGACCAAGUGUGAGAUAGGUGACAGCCUGAAGAAUGAGGUGACAGAUGGAGAGAAUUUGGUUUUUUAUUUUAAGGAAGAAUUUCUUACAAAGUCGACAUCGGACAAGGGGCUGAUCAGCCUGAUGAUAUGCAUGGGAGAGGCAAUAAGAACAAUUGCAUUUAAAGUCAGAACAGCUUCUUGUGGAGGAACAGCCUGUGUCAAUUCUUUCGGAGAUGAACAGCUUGCUGUUGAUUUGCUGGCUAAUAAGCUCCUAUUCGAGGCUUUGACUUACUCGCAUUUCUGCAAAUAUGCCUGUUCUGAAGAAGUCCCCGAGCUCCAAGAUAUGGGAGGCCCAACUGAGGGAGGAUUUAGUGUUGCGUUUGAUCCACUUGAUGGUUCCAGUAUUGUGGACACUAACUUCACUGUGGGAACCAUCUUUGGCGUUUGGCCCGGGGAUAAGCUAACCGGAGUUACAGGGAGAGAUCAGGUAGCAGCAGCCAUGGGGAUAUUCGGGCCUCGUACUACAUACGUUCUGGCUCUUAAAGAUGUCCCUGGAACACAUGAAUUCCUCCUUCUCGACGAAGGAAAAUGGCAGCUUGUAAAAGACACAACCGAAAUUGGAGAAGGCAAAAUGUUCUCCCCGGGGAACUUGAGAGCCACAUUUGACAAUGCUGACUAUGCUAAGCUAAUUGACUACUAUGUUAGGGAGAAGUACACCCUGAGAUACACCGGAGGAAUGGUGCCUGAUGUAAACCAGAUCAUUGUGAAAGAGAAGGGAAUUUUCACAAAUGUGGUAUCCCCAUCAGCCAAGGCCAAGUUGAGGCUGCUCUUCGAGGUGGCUCCAUUGGGGUUCUUGAUUGAGAAAGCCGGGGGGUAUAGCAGUGACGGGGAAAAGUCUGUGCUUGACAAGGUGAUCACUAAUCUUGACGACAGGACUCAAGUGGCUUAUGGUUCCAAGAACGAGAUUAUCCGAUUCGAGGAGACACUCUAUGGAUCCUCCAGGCUUAAGGCUGCUGAGCCAGUUGGAGCUGCCGCUUAAGUUAAGCAUGACUGUCCGAGCCAUUUCGCCCUCGUAACGUUUUGGUUUGUUUGUAAAACAACAUUUACCUCAAUGCUUUUGAUUUGGAGUACCUACAGUGGUAGCACAUAGUCACAGGGUUCUAGAUUCUGCUGAAAUAAAGAAUCGAGCCAUUUAUUUAUGGUGUUUUUUGUUUUCUUCUUCUUCUUCUUCUUCUGGGAUAAAUUAAUCCAAUGAAGUCUUUUCUUGAUCUUCUCUACCCAAGAAAACAAUUUUGGAUGGACAAGUAUGCUCUGCUGCUUCUAGAUGCCACCUAGAAUUUAGCCUUCUGGAAAUGUAUUAUGUUCUUAAUGAAUGGUUAAGAUCAGCAAACCAAUUGUAUUCUAGCUUCUUUUGCUUUAUCAGGAAAGUGUAUAAUGGUAUGACUUGGCACCAGCCAAAAUGGGCUAAAAGUCUAAAACCUUAAAAUCUGAUUU